UGGCCGGAACUCCGCCAUCUUGAGGAAGGAAACGCCUUGUAAGUUGGAGGAGGAAGCAGAGAAACGGGGAGUUAUUAACUUUAAUAUUAGUAUUAUUAACAGAUUUAUACAGAUAUAACCCGCUGCUCUACCGCACUACAGCCCUACCGCUCUACCGCAAAGACCGACCCGGAGAACCGCGCUGAGAGCGGAGCUUCACCCCGCUGUUCCCCGCCGUCAGAGUGAUUAUCUACACAUAAAUAAAAAUGGGAAAUAUCUUCGCCAACCUCUUCAAGGCCUUCGGUAAGAAGGAGAUGAGGAUUCUGAUGGUGGGACUGGAUGCUGCUGGUAAAACGACGAUUCUGUAUAAGCUGAAGCUUGGAGAGAUUGUUACCACCAUUCCAACCAUUGGCUUUAAUGUUGAAACUGUAGAGUACAAGAACAUCAGCUUCACCGUGUGGGAUGUGGGCGGCCAGGAUAAGAUUCGGCCGUUGUGGCGUCACUACUUCCAGAACACACAGGGUCUGAUCUUCGUGGUGGACAGUAAUGACCGAGAGCGAGUGAACGAGGCGCGAGAGGAGCUGAUGAGGAUGCUGGCGGAAGAUGAGCUGAGGGAAGCUGUGCUGCUGGUGUUCGCCAACAAACAGGAUCUUCCGAACGCCAUGAACGCUGCAGAGAUCACGGAUAAGCUGGGGCUGCACUCCCUCCGCCACAGAAACUGGUACAUCCAGGCGACCUGCGCCACCUCCGGAGACGGGCUGUACGAGGGACUGGACUGGCUGUCCAAUCAGCUGAAGAACCAGAAAUAAUCAAUAAUCAGCAUCUCGCUCUGCUUUUUCCUCCUCCUCCGGGGUUCAUCUCCCUCUCUCUCUCUUUUUAUCCUUUAGACCCGUAUCUCCUCGAACACGUGCUUUAACUUCUUCUCCUCUCAUCUCGCAGAAACUCGCUCUGUUUUUAUGUUAUAAAGAAGAAAGUGCUGGAAGCUGCUCUCCUGCUCAUACCUGGUUACAGUAAAGUUAAGAGCGACCCGCUCUCAUAUUUAAUGUAAAUAGUUAUGUUUUCGUUGUGAGGCAGCUUGUGGGGCACUUUUUAUGCAAUAUAUAUAUAUAUAUAUUAUUAUUAUUCUUAUUCUACUUCUACUCUACCUUCUUUUUUUUUUUCUUCUUUUUGUUUUCGUGUUUUAUUUAAUCAUUGGAGUCGGAGGUGGGUGAAAUGUAGGGUUAAGGGCGACGAGGGGGUUAUUACGUUAUUUCUCGUAGCUUUUUAUUUCGUCUCUUGCGUGCGUAUCGCGGGUUAAACGUACUGUAAAAGAGGUUUCAUUGGUCUCAAGCUAAAUGCAAUGCAACAAAACCAGACGGCGUGCACACAUACACACACAUACACACAAAUAUACGUACAUAUAUAUACAUAUAUACGCACACUUACACUACCUACAGCAUUUUGCAGCGUUGCUCUGCGUAAAACAAGAUUGAUACGAAAUCAUCUCGCGUGGACUCAUCGCUUUACUAGAGAAACACGCUGCUCUCUCACGCGACGGCCAUCGCAUCCGCCAUUCGCUCUGCGCCAUUGCAGCUUCCGCAGCCUCAGAUUAAAGCGAUAGUUUGGUGAUUAAUCAAAAGAUUUGAAGCCCAACCCAAGCGUGAACAAUCGAGCGUCCAAAAGUCUUCGGCUGUGUCGUUCGCCUGAGGCUUCUUUAGUUUUACACUGGAGCUACGAAGCUAAUGUAAAGUUGCUAACAAGUAAUAAUAAAAGCUUAUGUACACCAAUUAGCAUGGUGCUAACUGCAUGCCUGAAUUGCUAAAUCGUUACACGCUGCUGAAACCAUGUGGAGGUGUUUCCGUACCUCUUAAAACCUUAGAAGAACUUUAGAAGAACCUUAUUUAAGGGUGUAUCAUGAACCGUGAUUGAAGUGUUCAUGCCGUGACUCAACGUUUGAGGUUUUGAAGGGCAGGAAUUGAGACGCUUCUCCAGACUAUCGCUUUAAUCCGUCAGUUUUCCGCUUUAGCAUGCAUGCAGGUGGGUGGGGGGUAAGUCUUAGUGUCUCAGGUUAAAUCAUGCUUUGCCUUUCUAACAGGAGAAAACGAGCCAGAGUUAACAAGCGCACGGGAUUCAGGCUUUCAGUUUAUUAGAGAUCACAGUUUACAGUGUGGAUCAAAUACUAAAACCCAAAACUCUGAUCAUAUCGCUAUAUAUUGAGUGAGGGAUGCACCGAUAUGCAGUAUAUUGUAAUAUUAUGGGUCGAUAUCUGAUAAUGCUGAUAUCUGUUGAUGCCAAUACAGUGGAAACAGUGUAAGAAUGUGCUAACGUGUAGAAAUGACAGCAUUCCAUCUCAUCGCAUGCCUCUAAUCGCAAUAUUACAAGUGCAAAUAAGCAGAACAUCCAUCUACAGCUGUGAUUGGCCAGGAAGCUCAGGUUGCAAAGCCCAGUUAAGAAUGAUUAUGAUGGUAAAAUAGUGGCAAAUACAGCUUUUUUAGGGACUAUUUCCUGUCGCACUACUCCCUGCGUAUUGCUUAUGUUACAUAUGUAUCCCUCCACCAUUUUAAUGAUAUGCGCAUUUAAAAACAGGUUUUAGAGCCCAAAUCAUCUCAGAACUCUGGUAAAAUAGUUCUAAUUCUUGGGCAUCAGCUAGAGCAUUCAGAAACGUUUGAUGUAGUAACGUUGUUUGGAGGCGGGGUUUAGAUCUUCAGUUGACCACCACUGUACGCCAUUCUGAUUGGGUAAAAUUAAUAAUCUAGAGCCCAGCGUUUCACAACAAGCUCACGCCGAGAUGUUUGAUUUAUAUUGGUGAGUUUUAAAGGUUUUUAUGGUGUGCAUUCCUGAUGGAGUCCGAGUUUGUUUUUUCUUCUGCAUGGUAUCUACAGGACUCAACUUACUUGACUCAACUUAAUUUUUGAAUUCAGCAAAUUUGGCACUGGGUCUGUAUGAUUUAUCAUAUUUGUUUAAAUCAUACUCCUCACAAUAAACAAAGAACGAAAAUGAACAAAACUGGAGGCAGAGUUAUUCAGCUCUGCUGCUCACUUUUUAAAAUCCAGUUGAGCCAAGAAUUGAUAAAAUGAUGUGGCAUGCAAAUGUCAAACAUAUGCAGGAAACUGAUUGGCCAAAGAGAUUGUUUGCUUGUUAAUCAUGUGACGUCGCUCUGGUGAUGACGUUGAUGGAUGUGUUUUGUUGUGUGAUGUCAUUUUACCAAACGCUACAUUUCUGUGGGAGCUGAUGGUUAGUUAGUUGAGGAUAUGGGUAUGUUAGUUGAAAUCAAGCCACAGGUACUGAAACGCGUAGAGUAAUGUGGAGUAAUAAAGAGUUAAUAUAGACUAAUGUUGGUACCAUGCAGGGAAAAAAAAAAAAAAAGCACCAAUCGUGCUCUACGUUCAGGAAGAUGGCGCUGUUUUCUCUUUAAUUAUAUCGUUUGUAAAUCAAGUGUUGGACCUGAGACUAAGUCUAGACUAAAUGGACCUUUUUAAAUGAAUAGUGACUGACAUUAACAGUUAGUCUAGACUAAAUCUGUAAUAUCUGUUCAUGAUAUCAGAUCUAAAUGAACGAUAAAUAAUCUGAUAGUCUGAUGGUGUUGCUUCAUAUUCCGCAGUUUGGUGAAACGCCUGUCGCACGUUUUUUCUGGGUUGGUUUUCUGGUGUUCUUGCUCCCGAUCUGCGCUCUGAACCGAGUGGUGUAAGGAUCCCGAUGGCGAAUGUGACGUUGGUACAGCAAUAUUAGCCGAGUAUUAGCUUGGUAUAUUUUUGAAUACAGUGAUGUUUGAACUCAUGGUGCCUUUGCGUUUCUACGGAGAUUCUCCUACGAGCUCGGUAGCGAACGGACGUACUGUUCCGAGACUUUGCUGGUUUACGAUAAAAAUAAAAGGUCCACAUUGUGUUCGACUGUUGCAAAAGGAAAUGUACAUUCUGAGGCGACGGCAUCCGAGAAUCCCGACCCCACGCCGAGCGACCGACCGGCCGAACUCAUGAGUUUCCGUACUGUCCUUAACGAACCUCUGAUUUUAUACACACUGAUCGCCUGCAUCGGAACGAAAGUAUAUAAAUGAAUCUCUUAGCGAAGUUUGUCUUAUAGUGUGAUUAUUAACAUGAAUGUUUUUUUUUUCUUUAAUGUAAACUUAUCUUGCCUAUCAUUUUGAAAGAAGCACUGUAAUUAAAGAAAUUAGUGUAAAA